UCUCUCAUUCCGGCUCCAGCUCACUGAGCGACUGUUCAGCUUCACAGCCAUGAAUCAGACCGCAGGAGCCUCGAACCAGUGUCGCAGACGCCCCUCAACCGACAUCAAGGAUCUGGGAGAUGGAAGUUUAGAGAGGAACUGGAAGGGGAUCGGCAUCUCUCUGCUGGUGAUUCUGGUGGUGCUGUCUCUGAUCAGCCUGUCCAUUUUCUUUCUUUCUAAAGAUGGUGGAACUAAAGCUCUGAAAUCUCAUCUGACCUUGGAUGACCUUUUCCUCAGAGACUUUCAGGUUCAAGCCCCUGAGGUGCAGUGGAUCAGUGCGGUGGAGAUCAUCUAUAGGAGCAGAGACGGGAAUGUAAUGAAAGCAAAUAUUCACACCAAACAGACUGAGCUUCUGAUGAAAAACACAACAUUUGUAACAUUUAAAGCUUCUAAAGUGGCAGUCUCACCAGAUCUCAACUAUGUUCUCCUCACAUAUGAUAUCAAAAAGGUGUAUCAGUUCUCCUUUUUCGCAUCUUACCUGAUCUACAAUUUGCAUACAAGAGAAGUGCAUGAGUUGAACCCACCUGAGGUGUCAGAUUCAGUGCUGCAGUUCGCCUCAUGGGGAGUUUGGGGGCAACAGCUGAUAUAUAUCUUUGAAAAUAACAUCUACUACAAGCCGGAUGUAAAAAGCAGCUCUCUCAGAUUGACAUCAUCAGGACAAGAGGGAUUAGUGUUCAAUGGGAUCCCUGACUGGCUGUAUGAGGAGGAGGUGCUACAUUCACCAGUAGCUCAUUGGUGGUCUCCAUCUGGAUCCAGCCUCGCAUUCCUCACCAUCAACGACACUCUUGUACCAAACAUGCUGCUGCCGCGCUUUACUGGGGCUCUGUACCCACGAGGAACAUACUACCCCUACCCAAAGGUUGGCCAAGUAAACCCUAUGGUGAAGCUGUAUGUGGUUACUCUGAAUGGCUCAUCUCCCACCAUUGAACUUCUGCCUCCUAGUAGCCUGGAAAAAAGCGAGUACUAUGUAAGCAUGGUGCGAUGGGUGACUGAGGAACGUGUGACUGUGCGCUGGCUUAACAGAGCUCAGAAUACAUCCAUCCUCACGCUCUGUUACACACACAACGGAGAGUGUGAACGGAAGCAUGUGAUGACAUCAGACAAGUGGAUCGACUGCCAGAAUGAGGAGCCUGUGUUUUCUAAAGAUGCAGCAAAGUUCUUUAUUACUUUACCCAUAAAGCAUGGCAGCCAGGGGUCUUUCCGUCACCUCACCAUGAUGUCAGAGAAGCAUACAGAUGGGCAGGUCAAUGUACGGCACCUGACAUCUGGCAACUGGGAGGUCACUAAGAUGCUAGCCUAUGAUGAGAGCCUGAACGCUGUGUAUUAUAUCAGCACAGAGGAUGGAGUCUCACAAAGACACCUGUACAGGGUGCGGACAGUGGAUCUGUUUCAUCGUGAAUGUUUGACAUGUUCCCUGUUCAAACCGGACUGCUCAUAUUACGAUGCUAUGCUGAGUCCAGAUUUACAAACAGUACUGCUGCACUGCGCAGGGCCUGGUGUUCCCAAAAUGACUGUGCACCAGCUUGCCAAUAUAAGCAAUUAUAUGACUGUAGAUUCUGGUUUGGAGUUCAGAGCCUUGCUCAGACAGAAAAACAUCCCCUGCAGAGAGAUCAGAAUCAUCCCCUCCAAUAACCAUGCACUGCGACUGGAGCUCAGCUUCCCUGUGGAUUUUGAUGAGAGUAAUCAGCAUCCUCUGCUCUUCAUACUUGACAGUGCCCCUGGUGGUCAGCAGGUGAGUGAGCAAUUUCAUCUGGAAUGGGACUCUGUACUGGUGAGCUCAGACAAUGUGAUUGUGGCUCGUCUGGACGGCAGAGGCAGCGGCUUCCAGGGACAAAAGAUACUACAGGAAGUGCACAAGCGUCUGGGAGUGGUGGAGCUCCAGGAUCAUCUCACUGCUCUAGAGUAUCUGCUGAAGCGAAGGUACAUCGAUGGGAGCAGGAUUGGUGUUUUUGGCAAGGCAUAUGGCGGCUUCAUAAGCUCUCUUCUCCUCCUAUCUCACGUCUCUCCAUUCCGCUGUGGUGUUGCCAUGGCACCCGUCUCUGACUGGAGACUCUAUGCUUCAGCAUUUACAGAGCGAUAUUUCGGAUUCCCAACUAAGGAUGAGCACAAGUAUCAGAUUGCUCGGCUGCUGUUUAACAUCAGCACCUCUGAGAAACAGAAGUUUAUGAUCCUACAUGGGACAGCUGAUGCUUCUGUUCACUUCCAACACACAGCAGAGCUGGUGAAGCUGUUAUCUAUGCAUAAUGUGAACUAUACAUUACAGAUUUUUCCGGAUGAGGGUCAUGACAUCAGCAGCAAACACUACAUGAUGAGUUCUGUCAUCACCUUCUUCAGAGAGUGCUUCCAUGAAAACAAUGCUGUCACCAUGGAAACCGGGGAAGAAGACUAGCAUCUGUGGCUUAAGUGAUCUCAGCUGGACUCGGAUGGGAUUUAAGGACAAGAUGGCUGCCCUAACAAGCAUCCUUGACAUGGGUGACUUUAUUCUAAUCCCACUGGUUCCUCUCCUAUCUGCCAGAAACACAGAAGGCU